AUGGCGAGCCCUACCGAGAAGAUCAAAGUGCACCAUGUCGAGAACUUGGGUGUCAGCAGCCGCAUCCACAGCGAGAGCAGCAGCGACCAUACCGGACUCGAUGAGAAGAAUACGCCAGACUAUCGUGACCCAGAAGUAAAGCGGAUAUGUCGAAAAAUCGACUGGCACCUGCCGCCGGUGUUGGCGUUGCUCUACCUGCUCUCGUUCCUGGACAGGACGAACAUCGGCAACGCCAAAAUCGCCGGCAUGACCAAAGACCUCCACAUGACGGGCUCUCACUUCAACAUCGCCCUAACCGUCUUCUUCUUCCCGUACGCCCUCUUCAUGAUCCCAUCGAACAUGGUCCUCAAAAAGGGAACGGUAAUGACGAUGCAUGGCGUUGUACAAAGCUAUGGACAGCUGUGUGCGGUAAGAGCUUUGCUUGGGCUGUGUGAGGCGGGAUUUACACCUGCGGCGAGCUAUCUGCUCAGUUGUUGGUACGCACGAUUCGAACUUCAAACCAGAAUGGCACUCUUCUUCAGCGCCGCAACCCUGGCGGGAGCUUUCUCAGGCAUUCUGGCCUAUGCAAUUCAGCACAUGGAGGGAACCGCAGGAUAUGAAGGUUGGCGCUGGAUCUUCAUCCUCGAAGGCAUCGCCACAGUCGCAGUCGGCAUGUCUGUAUUCUGGAUUCUGCCCAACUCACCAGCCACCUGCCGCUUCCUGACCGACCGCGAGAAAGCCAUCAUCGAACGUCGUCUCGCUGAGGAUGCAGGCACAACUGAUGGACAUGUCGCAUCCGACGACAAGUUUCAAUGGUCCUCCCUCUUCUCCAUCCUCACAGACUGGAAAAUUUGGCUCUGGGGCGUCGUCGUCUGCGGCCAAUCCAUCCCCUUCUACGCCUUCAACUUCUUCUCGCCCACCAUCGUCAAAGAGCUCGGGUACAAAUCCUGGCAAGCCCAGCUCAUGGUCGUGCCCAUCUACGCCGUCGCCUGCAUCGCCACCGUCCUCUUCGGCAUCUUCGCGGACUGGAGGCAGCGACGCUGGAUCUACAUCUGUGUGCCGUAUGCGAUUGCCGCGGUUGGGUUUGUGGCGUUGCUGGCGAUUCCGCAUCCGAAGAUGCCAGGCGUUACGUACUUUUUCUUGUUCUUCAUUCCGCUUGGUCUGUCAACCGGCGUCGUCGGCCUCCUAGCCUGGGUCGCCAACAACCUCGCCCCCUCCUGGCGCAAAUCCAUCGGCAUCGCCUUCGUCGCCUGCCUCGCCAACCUAGGUGGCUCCAUCGGCUCCAACAUCUAUCUCGAAGAGGAGAAACCGCGGUACUGGCUCGGCUUCGGCUUCAGUCUGGGUGUGCUGUCUGCGGCGAUUGUCGCGUGCGUGUUGUUAAAGGUGCUGUUGACGAGGGUAAACCGGCGGAGGGAGGCGAUGGAUGUCGAGGAGAUUAAGAGGUUGUGGAGUGAGGAGCAGUUGCUGGCGAUGGGGGAUCGAAGUCCGCUUUAUCGGUAUGUUACUUGA